AUGUGCUGGUUACGCGCAGAUGACACCAAGAACAUUUUCCGAUAUGGGAUAAUACGGACCCAAGAGUGGCGCCAAGCUGCAAUGCAAAAUCUUCACCUCUGGGAAAUGGAUUUGGACUAUGCCCGAGCUCAAAUCCCUGAAGAUGAGCGCCAGAGAACUCCGCCAAAUUCAGAAUAUGUGCCAUCUUCCCCUCUAGGACCAGAGGCAGAGACUCGCAAAAUCUAUACGCGUUCUCAAACUCGUCGUGCGCCCCAGGAACGACCCCGUCACUCCGAGUCCUCGGACUCAUCGGACUCCGAUUCAAACCAGGUAGUACCCAGCCAAUGUUACGCCAAGGAGACCUUCCCCGUGGGUCAAGUGGCCAGAGUCAAUCUCACACUGCAAAAUUCUGCACUCAAAAAUGCCUGCUUGGUCUUGUCAAAACGACUUGUUGGAUCACAACUGCCCGAAUGUCGAGCAACACCAACAGGGUCAAGGUGGCAACCAUCACCUUAUUAA